GUCAUUUUCGUGCGACUCCUCGGCGGAGUGAAGUUGGCUGGCUGUGUGAGUCUGGUAGGAGACAGAGAUGACUGCUGUUGAGCGAGCUUUAAAAACCCAUUUUGGGUUUGAAAAGUUCCGAUCACAGCAGCAGGAGAAUGUCGUUAAAGCGGUGAUGAGAGGAGACAGGGAUGUGUUUGUGUGCAUGCCAACUGGGGCAGGGAAGUCUCUGUGCUACCAGCUUCCUGCAGUGCUGGCCACUGGCAUCACACUGGUCAUAUCUCCUCUGAUUGCACUUAUACAGGAUCAGAUAGAGCACCUUAAAGCACUAAACAUACCGGCAUGUUCCAUAAACUCGAAGCUUCCGUCUGAAGAGAGAAAGCAGAUCCUGGCUGACUUGCAUAGUGAAAAUCCUCGGCUCAAGCUGCUGUAUAUCACUCCUGAGAUGGUGGCUUCUCCGUCCUUCCAGCCUUGCCUGAGCUCGCUGUGCUCCCGUGGGUUGCUCACCUGCCUGGCGGUUGAUGAAGCCCACUGUGUCUCUCAGUGGGGUCAUGACUUCAGACCUGACUACCUGAAGCUGGGAGACCUGCGCUCCCGUCUUCCUGGAGUCCCCUGUGUGGCCCUGACAGCCACAGCACCCAAGCGGGUGCAGGAUGAUAUUGCACACUCGCUGAGGCUAAGAUCACCGCUCACUUUUUCCACUCCAGUGUUUCGGAAAAACCUGAAGUAUGAUGUGAUAUUUAGAGAUCUGCUGCCCGACUCAUAUGUUCAUCUACAUGCCUUUGCUAAGGAAGCACUCGGGGGAUGCUCAGCUGAUAAGGGAUGUGGAAUUGUAUACUGUCGCACAAGAGAGAGUUGUGAGGAUGUCGCACACAGAUUGACUAAGCUUGGGAUUACGGCUAGGCCCUACCAUGCAGGUCUGAAAGCAGGAGAUCGCACUAAUUCACAGGCUGAUUGGAUGGAAGGGAAGGUGCCUGUCAUUGUGGCCACUAUCAGCUUCGGGAUGGGUGUUGACAAGGCCAAUGUGAGGUUUGUAGCUCAUUGGAACUUGGCUAAGUCCUUGGCUAGUUAUUAUCAGGAAUCAGGACGUGCUGGCCGUGACGGCCUUCCGUCUUCUUGUCGAAUAUACUACUCUCCCAAAGACAGAGACCAACUCCGCUUUCUCAUCUGUAAAGAGAUCACUCGCAAACAGGAGAAACGAGGUUCGGAGAAAGAACAGGACAAAGCACCUCUGCUGGACUUUGAGGCCAUGGUUGCUUUCUGUGAACAAGAGGGAUGCAGACAUGCCACUAUAUCUAAGUUCUUCGGGGACCAGACACCCAACUGUGCCGGUGCCUGCGAUUACUGUCAAAACCCUAAACUUGUCCGUGCCCAACUGGAGAGAGCUGCUGCCCUUAGCACUAAGACCGGGCCAGCGCAGAGCUCUGAGAGCAGGGGACCUUUUGGCUUUGACCGCGAGCUCUAUGGAGGAGGGAAGAAAGGCUACGGCUUUGAGAGGUAUGAUGAGGAGUGGGAGGGCAGGGCUGAGGAUGACUCUGAGAAACGAAAAAAAGAGUUUGGGGAUCUGUUCAGGAAACAGAUGAGUCUGCGCAAGGGAUCAGGUGGCCCUAAAGAGACGUUUGCUUCACCAGCUCCAGAUGCUGACUGUCCAUUAAAGGAGGCAAGCAGUCAGAGAAUCCCAAGACUCACAGUGAAGGCACGAGAGCACUGUCUGUCUCUUCUCCAGGCAUCUCUGACUAACUGCAGAGGCACAACAGAUCAGCCAUGCAGCUCUGACCCACUUUCCAUGGCGGUUGAAAUAGAGCACGAAGUGUUCAGAUCUUGCAAGUCUGCAAACCUGUACAAGGCUGCAGUUCUCAAGAGAGUAGCAGAGCUUAAGAAGGACUCCGGUGAUGAUGUAGCGCCACCUGUGGACGAGGAUGGAGAAGCAUGCAGCUCCAGUAUCAGUGAAGAGAAAAGGAAGAUGAUGAAAGAAGAAGCAGCCUCUUCCUCUUCUUCCUCAUCUAUCCCUGAAGAUCAGCUGGGCUUUACGUCAGCCUCUCAGAUCUAUUCACUGAAGCGAAAGCGUGUGGGUGCGGGAUACCGCGGCUCCUCCACCCUCUUCCAGACUGCAUCAGAGUUUCUCAAGACUUCCAAGAAUGACACUCUAACAGCAGCGCCCAUGUCUCAAGAACCUGCUGAUAAUGAAGAAGAGCAGGAAGGAAAGACUGAGACAAAGAGAAGCAAAACAUCUCCAUCUGUCUCCUCAUCUUCAAGUAGCCCCAGCAAGAAAUUAGGCAAAGCCCUGAGCAAGAAACAGCAGAAAUUAGCAGAAGCAGCCAAGAACUCACACUGCAUCUCUCAGUACUUUGGGAAAAAGAUGAUGGACGAUACUCCAAAAAAUGGAGAGGCCACAGUCUUAGAACCUGAGGAAACAGAUGUCUGUGUGGAAACUCCACACAACUGCAAUGUUGUCUUGAAUACCAAUAACACUGAGACUCAACAUGAAUGUUCCACAGAUAUGGAAAGUACUAAAAAGAAUGCAAGGCCUGUGGAGAACCAGACUAUGGAUGUUACUGCCAUGGAUAUGAGCUCCGCUGAGGUAGAGAUGCGCAGGACUGAAGAGGCCAUGCAGGGCUUUGAGGAGAGAACAAUGCAAGAGGCUGAAGGGAAGAAGUCUCAGUCUGAUGCCAAAGUACAACCAGAAAAGCCGUGUGAGGACGGAGAGUCACACUCUCAUCCCCCCACCAAAUUCAGCCGUCCACCCGACAACAAGCGCAGGGUGACCUUUGACCCUGUGGUCCAAGAGAGAAAGAUGGAGGCAGACAGUGAUGCCAAUCAUGUGUCACUCCAGCCUGUGACUCUGAAAGAAGCAGCUGAUAUUGUUGUGAGAAUCUUGGAUCCUUUCUACAAAAAGGGCAAAUUUGCUACAAAGGACCUGUUCAAGUCAUUUGCACGCUUCCUCUCCCAUCUGCUUGUAGAAGGAAAAGCUAAGGAUCGAGUCAAAGUGAAAAUGGAGGCAAAGAGCUUAAUCAAGCGUUUCUUCAGCAGCAUCCAGCGCUGCGAAAACGAGACGGACUGGAAACACCUGCAAGAUGCAGCCAAACCCAAUGCAGCAAACAGAACUGCAGCACAGGAGGACAGAUAGAGCUUCCUGCUUUACCCUUUACCCCUUCUAGUCAAAACUACCCCUCUCUCAGGGACUGUAUGUUCAUAUCAGAGGCUGCUGCUUAUAUGAAGGCAACAUAUAUUUCAGCAACUGGCCCUCAUUUGCUCCUACUAGUGCACUUUGUUUUUUUUUUUAAUUUCAGUGCCAACAGGGCACAUUAGAUCCUAGCUGCUACUUUAGAUGCUGCUAUGUAUGAGGGAAUUUAUGAACAACAUUCAGACAUUUUGCAGAAGGUAAAAUACCAAAAAAAUAUUAAACAGCUCUGUUUUAGGCAGUUCCUAAUUUAUUAUUAGCUUUUCUUUGCUUUAGGCAAAAUGGAUGUCGUUUAUUUUUUCUGUGAUCACUCAUCGUAAAGGGUACGGACAUGAUACCUGAAUGACCUCCAUGCAAAAUGAAAAUAAAUAAUAUGCAUUCUUACAAGAAUGUGCAAACUACAUGAUCUGAAAUUAGUUUAAAGUCUUAAAAGGGCAUGAAUUUACUCCAAGUUCCUAUGAUCUACAAAUAACCUUUCAGUAUUACUUGGUCUGUAAAUUUACAUUCACCAUCCACUUUUAUUAGGAAAGCCUCCACAUUUAUGCAAUUAUCCAAUCAGCCAAUUAUGUGGCAGCAACGCAACGCAUAAAAUCUUGCAAGUCAAGAGCUUCAGUUAAUGUUCACAUCAAACAUUAGAAUGAGGAAGAAAUGUGAUCUCAGUGGCUGUUGUUGGUGCCAUACUGGGAUUUAUACACACAAUUACAGUUUACACAGAAUGGUGUGAAAACAAAACGUCCAGUGAGUGGGGAUCAUGGUGAGAUGAUGAGAGAGGUCAGGGGAGAAUGGCCACACUACUCGUGCUAACAGGAAGGCUACAGUAACUCAAAUAACCACUCUUUACAACAGUGGUGAGCAGAAAAGCAUCUCAGAACAUGCUGAACCUUGAGGCAGAUGGGCUAUAACAGCAGAAAACCAAAUCAGGUUCCACUCUUGUCAAACAUAAACAGUUAUCUGAGGCUACCGUGGGCACGGGCUCACCGAAACUGGGCGGAUGAACAUUGGAAAAAGAUCAUAUUGCAAUCUUCUACUGUCAUGGUUUGGUGAGCCUUUGCUCAUUGUAGCCUCAGUUUGACUGAUGCCUUCAUGUUUUUUAAAGCAUACUGUUGCUGCCACGUGAUUGGCUGAUUGGAUAGUUGCAUAAAUGUUCAAGUGUACUGGUUAAUCUGAGGCUAAUCCUAAUCCUUCAAACAUUCAUUUAUCUUCAGUUACCCUUUAUCCUAGC